UUGGAUUUCACAUCCGAAAUUUGAUAAUAAAUUAAAAUUUUUAAUAUCAAAUUUCAACUUAUACGGUUGAGGAUCCAUUUUUAUGUCAUUGGCUUGUAUUCAACAGUCUAAGAUUUAAGGCGGACAUCCAUUGAUUAUUGAGAGGAGAGGCCAACCCUUCCUCUCCAUUGCCCUCUAUUAUUAAGUCAAACCCCACCUCCUCAACUCUCCAAGCCCUCUUCUCCCCCUAUUGCGUAUAAAAGUAUCUCUCUCUCUCCCUAGAUCUCUGCACUACUAUCAACAUCUCCAAAUGACCGAAAACUUCCUGUUAAUACCCUUUUCUCCAUUCAUAUAUCUCUUUAUCAUCACUUCCUUUCUCCUAGCCAGAAAGGCCAUAUGCACACAUCCUCAGUACUUGGCCUGCAGCGUCCCAAAAUCCUGUGGCGAUGGCCAAAUUAUAGACUUCCCAUUUUAUAUCCAGGACCAACAAGAAUCUUUCUGUGGGUACCCUGGAUUCAAUCUCGUUUGUCAAAAUAGCCGUCCAAUCCUCAGACUACAAGAUAAUGAUUAUAUUAUCCACCAAAUCGACUACAAAAACCAGAUUCUUCGCGUCUCAAACGCAGUGCUUUUCGAUACAAACACCACUUUUGUUCCUCCAUUCAGAAACAUAUCUCUGCUGGAUGACCGGUUCAACAUAUUUUCAAACCAGACAGAACUCUUCUUGUUCUCUCGUUGCAACUCAACACAGCUGGGAGUUGUUAAUAAUGAACUUUUAAAGUACAAGAUUAAUGGUUCCGGUGAGAAUGGAACUGGUCCAACGUUAUCGAUGUUUGAUGGUGAUCCCUUAUUGAGUAUUGCAUCAGAUGCGUGUGAAGAUGAAAUGAUGAUACCUGUAGAUGUGGAAAGAGGAAAGAAUGAAGGGAUUGAAGAGAUGCUAGAAAGAGGGUUCGUGUUGAAUUGGACAGCAAGUAACUGCAGCAUAUGCGAUAGCAGUGGAGGCAAAUGUGGGUUUGAUAGCAGCACCUACCAUUUUAUGUGUUUCUGCCCAGACAGGCCACAUGCUUGGGCUUGUUAUCCUGCUUCUGAAGAUGCAGGAAAUAACAAAUUCAGAAUGGAAUUAGGAUUGGGAUUAGGUGCAGGCAUUGGAGUACUGGUCAUAAUAUUGGCUCUUCACAUUUUCCGCCGUUACAGUAAAAGAAAACUUGCUUCCACUAACUUCCUGUCAAAAAAUUCCCAUUCUGAUCCCUUCUCAAAAUCAGAGCAAGAGGGGGGUGGCAUCUUCCUUGGUGUUCCCCUCUUCUCCUACACUGAACUUGAAGAAGCAACCAGUAAUUUUGACGGCAAAAAAGAGCUUGGAGACGGAGGUUAUGGAACUGUGUAUUAUGGUAGGCUCCGAGAUGGACGAGAGGUUGCAGUCAAGCGCCUGUAUGAGCACAAUUACAGAAGGGUUGAACAAUUCAUGAAUGAAAUCGAAAUCCUCACACGCCUACGCCACAAAAAUCUUGUCACCCUUUAUGGCUGCACUUCCCGUCGCAGCCGUGAGCUCCUGCUUGUAUAUGAAUACAUUCCCAAUGGUACGGUUGCUGAUCAUCUUCAUGGUGAUCGGGCAAAGUCCAGUCCACUAACAUGGCCUACUCGAAUGAGCAUUGCAAUAGAAACAGCUAGCGCUUUGACUUACCUUCAUGCCUCUGAUACCAUACAUCGCGAUGUCAAAACUAACAACAUUCUCCUCGACAACAAUUUCUGUGUGAAAGUUGCUGAUUUCGGUCUCUCCAGGUUGUUCCCUAAUGAUGUUACUCAUGUCUCAACUGCCCCGCAAGGGACUCCAGGAUAUGUUGAUCCUGAGUAUCACCAAUGCUACCAACUUACUGAAAAGAGUGAUGUCUACAGCUUUGGAGUUGUGUUGAUUGAGCUCAUAUCAUCAAUGCCUGCUGUUGAUAUUAGUAGGCAUCGACAUGAGAUUAAUUUGGCUAACUUAGCAGUAAACAAGAUUCAAAAAUGUGAAUUUGAUGAGUUGAUUGAUCCAUCUAUUGGGUACAAGUCUGACGAAGAAGUAAAACGAAUGGCAAUUGCAGUGGCAGAGUUAGCAUUUCGAUGUUUGCAGCAGGACAAGGAAAUGAGACCUUCCAUGGAUGAGGUAUUGGAGGAAUUAAGGAGAAUUGAGAGUGCAGAGUACAGGAAGAUUCAGGAGGAAAUACAUAAUGAUAAUAAGACAUCGAGGAAUAUGCUGCCACCACCUUCACCACCAGAUUGGGAGGAUGCUUCGCUGAUGAAAAAUAUCCGAUUUCCAUCUUCAUCAAAUACAGUAACUUCUAAAUGGGCGCGUUGUGCUACUACACCUAUUAUCAGUGGUUAG